UUUUGCCUGCCCGAGCUGACAGCUGACGUCGGUCCCACCCUGCCCCAGGACGUGCAUCAACAAGCUCUUUCAACAUCCUUCAACUUCAAAGUUGCGAUUUGAGGCCGAAUUGCCGCCAAUAUCACAGACAUUCAUCUAAUCAGCCAACCCACUCAAACAACUCAAGGUUCCUCUGGUCUAUCAUCAGCGUCCAAUUUUACAGCUCCCAAAACCCGGGUUGAAGACAUCAACGCUGAGCCUCAUCAUACAGAACACCACCCAGACCGCGCUUACACGGCUUCGCUCACACGACACCAUACAAAAUCAGUACCACUCAGACGGAGCCCUGCAUUUCAAACUCACUCUCACCUAUAAAAAGCUCUCCAGUGUGUCAGAGGAUAAACCCCUCACCAUACAGCAGCCAUGGCAGCCUCCGACGACGAAGACGACUACAUGAACAUGACCUUUGACGAGCCAACCACCUCCGCCACCUCAAAAUCCCAACCAGAAACCUCCCUCCAGCGCCGCCAGCGCCUCAAACGCGAAGGCGAGAUCCGCGGCCGUCCCAAAUCCAAAGAAGAACUCGCAGCCGAAGAGGAAGCGGCGCGCGAAAAGGCGCUCUCGCGCUCCUUGCUUGAGACUGCGGCCGCCAAGAAGAGUAAAGGGUUCGCCAUGAUGGCCAAGAUGGGCUUCAAAGCGGGUGAGGCGCUGGGUGCUGGUGGUGCUGGUUCUGGGGCGGCAAACGGCAGUGGUGCUGGUGCUGGUGCUGGCAAUGGCGCCAGGACGGAGCCGAUUGCUGUCGAGGUCAAGGCGGACCGGGGCGGUAUCGGGAUGGAGAGCGAGAGGAAGCGCAAGUUGAGGGAGGCGGCGGAGAGGAUUGAGGAGGAGGUGAGGGAGGGGAAGAGGGUGCGGGUCGAUCCGUUGGAGUAUCGAGACCGAGUGAGGAUGGAGAGGGAGGCGGCGAGGGUGCAGGCGCAGGUGUUUGCGGCGCAGCGGGUUUCUGAGAGGAUGGCGGAGGAGAAGGAGGCCGAGGAGGCCGAGGGGGCUGGCUUGCUGGGUUUUCAAGGGGCAGCAGACAGCACAAGCAAUGGCGACGAAGGAGACGGCAAGAAGGACAAGACAAAGAAGACACGUGCGACCGGCGCGGCAUCGAGGCCGCUCAAGUCCAUCAACGUCCUCUGGAGGGGUCUCGCUCGCCACCGCGAGGAAAAGGAGCGGGACCGCAGGAUGCGGUACGAUCUGGAGCAGAGCCUGUCGCGGCUGCCGACGUAUGAGGACGACGACGAGGACGCCGACGACCGCACGGCGCUGGGGAAGAAGCAAAUUGUCUACGUCACCGCGGAGGACCUGGACGAGGAGGAUCCCGAGCUCGACGCGUUCAACGAGCUGGAGGACGCGGAGAAGCUCAGGCGGCUGGUGGAGUAUCUGAGGAGAGAGCAUCGGUAUUGUUUCUGGUGCAAGUAUACGUAUCCGGACGAUGAGAUGGAGGGAUGCCCUGGUGUCACGGAGGAGGAUCACGAUUGAGUUAUGUUAAGUGUCGCACGCCAUCAAAGGAAUUUAUACGUACAUAUGGUGUGAGAGUAAGGUAUCGGGGAUUUGUCAUGAUAGGUGUCAUUAUAAUGUACAAUA